AUGUCUUCUUCUACGCGGCUAUCUCGGGCCACCUCGACAUUGUCGAAUACCUCGUCUCCUAUUUUGGGGACCGACUGGAUCCGAACGGCGCGAGUGCGGGGGCACGGCCGCGGCGCCUUCUCCAUUGCGGUGGAUCGGAACCACAUCGACGUGGUGCGGUACUUGCUGACCUGGGAGAAAACUGACCCGAAUCUGAGUGAUUCCUGGAUGCAUCAUUCGCCGCUGCUGGUAGCGGCCAUAUCGGGGAAUGACGAGAUGGUCGCUGUCUUGAAGAGUUGCUCGCGGGUAGAUCUCCAGAAUCCGGAUGUGGCGGGGACGUCGCCGCUUCAUGCGGCUGUGGAGCGGAACAAUAUAUCUAUUGUGCGGACGUUAUUGUCGGGUUCGCGGACGGCGGAUGUCAAUGCGACGGAUACGCAUGGUCAGACGCCACUGUUCACUGCCGUGUUGCAGGGUCAUUCCGAGCUUGUCGCCGUUCUGUUGGAGUGUGGCGCCGACCCUUCGUUACGGUGUGCCGAGGGUCUGACGGCCUUGGAUCAGGGCCUUCAGUGGCAGCCGGAUGGAAAGGCCACGGCGGAGCUACGCAAUUAUAUACAGAUGCAGAAUCGAUGA